GAGUGGGCGGAGCAUCCUUUUCAGGUCAGCAGGGUGGACCCAGUCUGAGGAGAUAGGAGAGGACCCUUUUCAACGAUUUUGUAAUAUUUAACUUUAUUUACUUAUUUGUCGCUGAAAGUUGUUUAAAACGAAAACGUGAGAUUAAAUAGAUGGGGAACCGGGUGGCGCGAGAGGACUACGAAUGGGUCUAUACGGACCAGCCGCACGCCGACAGGAGGAAGGAAAUACUCGCCAAAUACCCAGAAAUCAAGUCGUUGAUGGGUCCUGACCCGAGGCUGAAAUGGAUCGUGUGCAUGAUGGUAGCUGUUCAGUUUCUAGCCUUCUACCUGAUCAAAGACUUGGAGUGGAAAUGGGUUUUGUUUUGGACUUAUGCCUUUGGCAGCUGUAUCAACCACUCCAUGACGCUUGCCAUCCACGAGAUCUCGCACAACACGGCCUUCGGAAACAACAAAGCAAUGUGGAAUCGCUACUUUGCCAUUUUUGCCAACCUGCCCAUUGGCCUGCCCUACUCUGCCUCUUUCAAGCGCUAUCACCUGGACCAUCACCGCUACCUGGGGGGCGACGGGGUGGAUGUAGACAUCCCCACUGAGUUUGAAGGGUGGUUCUUUUGCACACGCGUCCGCAAAUUCAUCUGGAUUAUUCUGCAGCCGCUGUUCUACGCUAUUCGGCCCCUGUGGAUCAACCCCAAACCCAUCACUCAGCUGGAGGUGACCAACGUGGUCGUUCAGCUCACCUUUGACGUCCUGCUGUGCUGGCUGUGGGGGGCCAAGCCUGUGUUCUACAUGCUGGCUGGCUCCAUGCUGGGGAUGGGCAUGCACCCCAUCUCUGGCCAUUUCAUAGCAGAGCACUACAUGUUCCUCAAGGGCCACGAGACCUACUCCUACUACGGCUCCCUUAACCUGCUCACCUUCAACGUGGGCUACCACAACGAGCACCACGACUUCCCCAGCAUCCCAGGGCGCAGGCUUCCCCUGGUGAAGAAAAUCGCAGCGGAGUAUUACGAUGACCUGCCUCAGUACACAUCUUGGAUGAAGGUUCUGUAUGACUUCAUCAUGGACGAUGCACUGAGCCCUUUCUCUCGGGUGAAGAGGAAGCUGAAGGGAGACAUCAAACAGGAGUAACUUCACCCCAAAAACACCCCCAUUGUCCAUCAUUUCACAGCUUUUUGCAACAAACCCAUUCAGCGAGGGGGGAGAAAGGGUGGGAAUUGUGAGUGCCUUUCCUCUGCAGAAAAUAGCUUUGCUUUGUCUCCAUGGUAACUCGUCCAAUACUUUGGUUUUAAACUAACCCAAAUAUCUACUGAAGGCAUUCGUGUGGGGGCCACAGCUGGUGUACUAAUACUAGUGCUCUUCAACAUGUCUGAGGCCACAACGUGUUUUUUCCCACACGGCGUAAUGUGUAAAGGAAUCACUGGCAAACAACAAUAAAAUAUCAACACACGCUUCAACAAUUUGAAUUAGUCCUCAGCAGCUCAAAUGAGUCAAGUUGAGUUUUAAAAUAUAAUUAUCAUUGGCUCCGCUGGAUGAAAAAUCAACAUUUUUCAUGUAUUUCAACAAACCUU